AUGGCAGAAGCAAGAAGGAGGUUGCAAGAGGUACACGAUGCCACUUGCGGCUUGGAACCAGUAAUCAGCCUGUACCGGCGCUUGCAACGCAAAGGUUAUUAUUGGCCAGAGAUGAAGAAGCAAGCAGCUGAACUACAAUUCGAUUGUCCCACCUGUUCUACGAUACCCUCUACAGAGGAGUCAUUCACUGUUUCAUUUGCAGAAGAUUGGCGGGCUCCAUACUUGGCAUUCUUUGUUGGAGGAACUCUGCCGACUAACCCCAAGCUUGCCUAUAAGCUCAAAAAGACCAUGAAGAGGUAUUUUGUUGAUGGGUCAACUCUCUAUCGGAAGGGGUUUAAUGGUGAGCCAUUAAAAUGCUUGGGAGAAUCAGAGGCACGUCAAGCCAUGCAAGAGAUACAUGCUGGAGAGUGCGGAGAGCACCAAGGAAUGAAGAAGCUUUACCGGCAGCUACUAAGCAUUGGGUAUUAUUGGCCUACCAUGAAGAAGGAUGCACAUGACUUUGUUAAGAAAUGCCACACAUGCCAAAUCUAUGCUAAUCUAAGCCACAAACCUCCUACAUUGCUGCAAGACAUGCGCACUCCCUGGCCUUUCCAUACUUGGGGGCUUGAUUUAAUUGGGACAAUCCAUCCCCCUUCCGAUGGCUACAUAUGGAUCCUCACCGCUACGGAGUAUUUCACGAAAUGGGUUGAGGCAAUUCCCCUUCGAAAGGCCACAGGAGCUGCUGUCUCGAAUUUCAUUCGGGAAUACAUUGUGUGUAGGUUCGGAAUCCCAUACAAGAUGGUCACCGACAAUGGCACACCUUUUGUUAACAAGCAAGUGAGUUCAACCCUUAGUGGGUACGGUAUCAAGCAUCGUCGCUCUACGCCUUAUUACCCGCAGGGAAACGGUCAAGCAGAAGCUACCAAUAAGACGAUAUUGAGGAUUCUAAGCAAGAUGGUAUAUGAGUAUCAGAAGGCUGGAGUGUUCACCUGCCGGAUGCUUUGUGGGCUUAUCGCACCUCACCAAGGAGCGCUACAGGCUAUUUCACCCGUGGAAAUCACCAUCCCGACAGCCAGGAUAGCAGCUGUCAAUGAUCUUGAAUGGGAUGCAAAGACAUGCUCAGAUUGGCGUUUGCUAGAUCUCGAAGCAGUUGAUGAGAAAAGGAUGGAAGCUGAAAGAAGGAUGGCACUUUACAACAAGACUGUUGCCCAAGCCUAUAACAGGACCGUUAAGCCUCAAGCCUUCAAGCAAGGAGAUCUCGUGCUAAAAGUCGUUGAACAUGUGAGAAGGCAAAUGUCAGGACCUUCCAAAUUUGCCCCACAAUGGGAGGGUCCAUUCGCAGUCAAGGAGGUACACAACAGCGGUUAUUAUCGCUUGAUCUCUGUCAAGGAAGGCAUGCUAAUGGAUCCCAUCAAUGGAAAAUGGCUCAAGCCCUACUACUGCUAA